CAGGCCGGGGCGGGUCCUCCCGGCCGCCGGGGGCGCCGUUGGGCGCGGUUGGAGUGGCGCCCCCCGGCAGUGGUGGGGCGGGAGGAGCCGCAGGGAGCGGCCGCGGUGGCGGCUCCUCUCCAGCCAUGGCUGUAAAGGACCCUACAGCUGUGGAAAGAGCAAAUUUACUGAACAUGGCUAAACUGAGUAUCAAAGGUCUCAUUGAAUCAGCUUUGAGCUUUGGCCGCACUCUGGAUUCUGACUACCCGCCUUUGCAGCAGUUCUUCGUUGUCAUGGAGCAUUGCCUGAAGCACGGCCUCAAAGUGAGAAAAUCCUUUCUAAGUUACAAUAAAACCAUCUGGGGUCCUCUGGAACUCGUGGAGAAAUUAUAUCCAGAAGCUGAGGAAAUAGCAGCAAGUGUCAGAGAUCUGCCUGGCCUUAAAACACCACUGGGCCGUGCCCGGGCCUGGUUACGGUUAGCAUUAAUGCAGAAGAAAAUGGCUGACUAUCUCCGCUGUUUAAUCAUUCAAAGAGAUCUUCUCAGUGAAUUUUAUGAGUAUCAUGCCUUAAUGAUGGAGGAAGAAGGAGCAGUUAUUGUUGGGCUAUUAGUUGGGUUAAAUGUGAUAGAUGCUAACCUGUGUGUGAAGGGAGAAGACCUAGAUUCACAAGUUGGGGUGAUCGAUUUCUCUAUGUAUUUAAAGAGUGAUGAUGAAAUUGGGGGUAAGGAAAGAGAUGGACAGAUUGCUGCCAUUUUGGACCAAAAGAAUUAUGUUGAAGAACUGAACAGGCAACUCAAUAGCACAGUUAGCAGUCUACAUGCAAGAGUUGAUUCACUGGAAAAAUCCAACACUAAACUGAUUGAAGAGUUAGCAAUAGCCAAAAACAAUAUAAUUAAACUUCAGGAAGAAAAUCAUCAGUUAAGGAGUGAAAAUACUCUUAUUUUAAUGAAAACACAGCAUCAUCUAGAGGCAACUAAAGUGGAUGUUGAAGCAGAACUUCAGACAUACAAACAUUCCAGGCAGGGCUUAGAUGAAAUGUAUAAUGAAGCCCGUAGGCAGCUUCGAGAAGAAUCACAACUUCGACAAGAUAUGGAGAAUGAGCUAGUGGUUCAAGUUAGUAUGAAGCACGAGAUAGAACUCGCCAUGAAGUUAUUGGAGAAGGACAUCCACGAGAAGCAGGAUGCCCUCAUAGGCCUUCGACAGCAGCUUGAUGAAGUUAAAGCAAUUAACAUGGAAAUGUACCAAAAACUGCAGGUUUCUGAAGAUGCUAUGAAAGAAAAGAACGAAAUAAUUGGUCGAUUAGAGGAUAAGACCAAUCAAAUCAAUGCAACUAUGAAACAACUAGAGCAAAGAUUGCAGCAAGCAGAGAAGGCUCAAAUGGAGGCUGAGGCCGAGGAUGAGAAACUUAAACAGGAAUAUGUGAAUAAAUCUGAAAGUCUGCAGAAAGAAUUCUCCCAGAAGGAGAAACAGCUGCUUCAACUGGAAACAGAUUUGAAGAUAGAAAAAGAGUGGCGGCAAACCUUAGAGGAAGAUCUUCAAAAGGAAAAGGAAACUGUAUCUCAUCUGAGGCUGGAGACCCAAGAAAUAAUUAACCUGAAAAAAGAGUUCCUUAAACUUCAGGAAAAGAACAAGCAACUGAAAAGGAUAUGUCAAGACCAAGAAGCUGCUCUCCAAGAACUGGCAUCCAAGCUGAGCGAAUCAAAGCUGAAAAUAGAAGAUAUAAAAGAAGCGAACAAAGCAUUGCAGGGCCAGGUUUGGCUGAAGGACAAAGAGGCCACACAUUGCAAGUUAUGCGAAAAGGAAUUUUCUCUUUCCAAAAGGAAGCAUCAUUGUAGAAACUGUGGAGAGAUCUUCUGUAAUGCGUGUUCUGACAAUGAACUGCCUCUGCCUUCCUCACCAAAACCUGUUCGGGUCUGUGAUUCCUGCCACGCGAUACUUAUACAGAGGUGCUCUUCUAAUAUGCCGUGAAUGUUGCUUUCAUGCUUGUGCACAUAGUCCCUGCAGAGCCCAAGAAGUAGGCUGAGUCUGCCACCGAGACAGACCAGGGUUAAAUAUUGGGAAUCAAUUAAAUAUUUCCCUAUUGGACAGGAAGGUUCUUCCUUAUUUUGUCAUCAUCUUUCUCAGACUUUCAGAGUUUCUUCCUAAACUUCAUCUUUUUCCAGAGCACUCCUGAGCAAGUUUGGCUCUGACCGCCCUUCAUCCUGAUGGGAAGUUGAGCUGGCAUAUAAAUCCUUGUUCUUCCCAUCGGCGAAUACCAAUAAAUUGAUAAAUUGUCCUCACUGCUGUGUCACUGCACUGGAACUGAUGAGGCCCCUUCACUUGAGCCGCUCGCGCUGUGCUCAGCAGAAUUGUCAGCCCAGUAGUUCCUUCAGCCAUAGGGUCGGAGUAUUCUUACUACCAGGAGAAGGGAGGCUUUGAAACAGGUCUUUUAACUGUUCUUGCACUUGGUCUAGCUUAGCUUUGUCUUUUGAGGAUAGGCAUUCAGUUAAUAUUCUAACAGCUAAUGCAGCUGUUCUUUUUAACACCUCAAUGUAGUUGCUUACAGAGCUUUUGUAAAGAAAAAUGUUUUUUAAAUUACCUAAUGUAACUUUUUGUAAAACACAGAACAAAUACUUGUAAAUCUGUAAAUAGUUUUUGGAAAAAAUAAAUUUAAUUGAUCUGUGACUUAA